ACAGCGCUGCUUUUAAGAAUCCAAAUUCUCAAUGGCUGACGAGGAAGUUCCUCCCCCCGACUUAGACGUAGAGCCCGAAAUUGAAACACAGCCUCCACAGGAAGAAGCUCCGAUGCUUCAGCAGCCUUCAAUUACUUCUGCUCCACGAGAAGAAGAUGCAACUAAGGCACCUCACGCCGAACCUGGCAUUAGAAUCCAAUCAGCGACUGAUCCGCUGAAUACAGAAUUCCUAUACUAUAGCGCUAUAUUGAAGACGUUGGGACCGACAUUGUCUCACGAAGACGACAGACGUCACAUUAUUCCAUGGAUCAGAAAACUGUUCAGGCCAGAAUAUCAAAGUACCGCUCUCAGAGAGAAACGAAACAAAUAUUUGGCGUUCCUGACCACCUCACUGCUACUGGACGAAGCAGUAUCCAUUUUCCGACAGUAUCCGCCAGAUGGCGCGUUGCCUGAUAUGAGCAGCAUCCGCUCGACGCCAGUGACUGCGGCUCAGUGGGAAAUCGACGGGACGUGGCAGGACACGCUCAGGAAUCUCCCGGACAAUUUUCAAAUGCUGGAUUGUUCCGUUCACGAAACUCAGGAGGAGUGUAACAAGGACCAUUCUCUAGACAGGAUUUUAGACCAAGAGUUUCAGUUUUUCCUGUACCUAGCAAAACCUUAUGCCGCUAUGAUAACGGGAGGAGCUGAGAGGACUAGGGUGUCCGCUUGGCUCCAAAUACUGUGCUCUAUUCACGGUAUCCAAAGUUGCUCGAAGAUGAAAGCUAUACGAAACGACUACAUGAUGGCUUUAUUAGGGUAUAUUCAGGACAUGCGGGUGGUAGGUCCAUUCGCAGAACUUCCUUCGUGGCAAACUUUGAAACCUCUGGCGGAGGCGGCGAAAUUGGCAGCUGAACAUUGCCCUAUAACAGAUCCGAGCGGAAGUCAUGCCGAUGAAUUUUUGGCUGAACAGCCGAUGCCGGACGAUGGCGCUUUCUGUUAUAUAGCCCUUACGGGGGACCUGGUGUCGGGUAAUUUGCAGCAGGGGUGAAUUGUUUGUGAAGUACAAAGAAAUUCAAUAUUCGAAAACGGACAAAGUUUACAUUAUAUAUUGAAAUAUAUAAUAUACGCGCUCUUGCCAUAUUGUGAAGAAAACGCUUUAAACGGCGUUUACAUAUAUUAUUGUUUCAUUUAUAAAAAAAAUGGCAAUUUUUUUUUGGGCGCGCGAAUAUUUUUAUAAAUAAUAUUUCAGAAUAUAUAUGUAUGUGUUUUAAAGUAAAACCUUUUAGUGCAACAUGGAAAAUGACUAUAAAACGGGAAACAACAAAUUCAAAAUUUUAAAAUGAACACAUUUUAAAGCAUUAAGUUUUAAACGAAUCUGCAGCGUAUUGACAUGGCCCAAUGAUUCUCUAUUUCUGCUAAUUUGUCGAAUAAACUAACUCAAAAUAA